AUGGGUAGACUAUUUUUGUCGAUAAAUAGAGCAGAUGAUCCAGUAAAAUAACUACGACCCUUUACGAUAAGUUUUUCAGAAGACAACAGUCCUCCUAAAAAAUUCAAUCUAACAAAUUAACCUGCAUUAUAAUAUAUAAAAUAGAAUAGAAAAAAAUUAUAAUUCUCUUUAUAUCAAAUAACUCAAAGAGAUUAUUAUAAUCCAAGUUAUUUAUAAACUCGUUCUCCACUAAAUUAUUAACUGUAGAAUAUAUAAAAUACUACAAAGUCAAUUCAAUAAAAGAAAACAUAAUUUGGUAAAUCAUUUUGUUAGAAAUACAAAACUUUAUCUAUUAAUGAUUCAAAUUAAUAAGAAAUAUAUAAAAGAAUAGAUUUUAAAUAAAAGAUAUUAGAAAGAAUGUCAUAAAUUAGAAAUAGAAGUAUAACUUGUAAAUUACCAGAGUCUAAUCAAUUUCAUAUAAUUUAAACGUAAAUUUGCGUUUAAUCACCAGAAUUUCAAAUUAAAAAUGAAGAAAUCUUAACUCAACGGCCACCUUAAUCAAGAGUUAAUUCUUCAUUUCAAAAAUGCAAGAAAAUAUGUUUAGUCAAACCUGCAAUUUAUACUUUAGGAUUAAAUGUUGAAAAGUGUAAAAUCAUUGAUAGAAUGAAAACAAUCUCAUCCUCACCUUAAGAAAGACCUUAUAAAGUAAAAACAUUCAAAAUCAACAAUGUUUAAGAUAAAUAAUAAAGGCAAAAUAUUGAUAAACAUAAUAUCUAAUAAUUGAACUUCAAAAAAAAAUCUUCAAUUACCUUGAAUAAAUGGGAAUAUUCUGAUUUUGAAAAUGACUGA